AUGGUUGGCGGAACUCAGAACCGGUGUCCAGGCACCCCGAUCACCUUGGUCACCCCAGCACAUUUUGGUCCAAACACAGCUCCGUGGCAGUUUUCCCUUCCUACCUGGCGCAAGAAAGGCCCCGGGGAAGGGAGAGGGGGUCUGUGUCCCGUGGAGGAGAUGGACUUUAAGGAUGAAGUGGACGGAGCCAGGGCAAGGGAUGGCAGCGGGGACGGCACAGCCGGCCAGACCACAGAGAAGGAUCUGGCUGGCACAGUGAAGGACGCAGCCUUUGUAGCGGGCAGUGAGAGUGCUCCACCAUGCAAGACCCUGCUCAUCUGCUGUGCGGACGGCCUCGAUCAGGACACCUUUAAAAUUUGCAAGGAGCUUUUGAGACCCUUUAAGAAGUCACUUAGGAAACUGCAUUUGCCCCAGCACCUCCCCACAGAGAAAAAACUGAAGUACAUGAAGAAAAGUUUGACCAUCAUUGGGGACCGCAUCGAUCUGUUUCUCCAGCGGUACUGCAGAGCCUCGGAAGUCAAGCACUGGCAGAAGAUGUUCUGGCGAUUUGUCUCCCUCUUCUCAGAGAUGGAUGCAAAGCAACUGCAGAAGCUGCAUAAGUACAUCAAGAACAACCAAAUGGAUAAGUUUCUGCAAUUAUGCUGUCCAUCAGAAAACCCAGAUUCAGUUCCAGGACUUGAAGAAAGGAAGCUGAAGCAGCUUUACAUCAGCUGGGGUCUCUGCAGAGGUACAAGAGACCUGCAGGAACACCUGGGUCAAAGUCACCGCCAACACACCCGCAAAGUCACCGCCCAGCAGCAAGAAUGA